GGAGGUGAGAGCAGAACACUUCUGAUUCCAGGAACAUGAAUAUCCUGUAACAUGUGUUUCCUGCUGCCAUGUAUCAGCAUCUCAAGGUCUCUUAUCAGCUCCGGAAAUACAUUUAUUUAUUUUUCAGAAAUAAAGUGCAGUCUCACUUUAAACAGCGAGCGGGACUGAUGGGGUUAAAGGAACAAAGAGAAUCUUUCGACUUGUUAUUUAAUAUUUAUGAGUUUAUAUUUAAGAGUUUCUUGGUCUCUGUCUACGUUACGAAUCGUCUUUGACUCGACUGUUUCUCCGUCCAGUUCCCGACAUUUGCACUCCGAUAAAGAGCUUUCUGCUUGGACUCCCGUACGCUGCUGAGUGUCUGGAGAGCUGCAGGAAGCUGAUACACGACCACCACCUCACCCUUCCCAAACUGUCCAUGCCGACCCCGCCGCCGGAGCUCGCCCAGCUGACCCAGCAGCUAGCGCAGCUAGCGCAGCUCUCCACGCAGGCGCACCACUGCUGCACGAGCAUCGCCAGACGCUUCACGUGCCUUAACUCCAACUCCCAGCAUCCUCAGCAGCCUUAACCCCGCCCUCCUCCUCCACACCCUUUAGAGUAACCUUAUAGAACCUGAUUGCAAGUAGAUGGAGACCUUUAAAGUGCCAAAAAGCCCCUCUGCAUCCACAACAUCCUCCUCAUCAUCGCUCCCAUCAUGCUCUGCAGCUUCGCUUCACCGCCAGCAGGUCUGGGUGGAGCUGCGGUGCUGAGGGUGGAGACUGGAAGAAGCCUGAACAUCCCCCAAAUUAUCACAACACCAGAACCAGAGUUCAGAAGUCUGAGCGUCAGGGCUCAGGGCGAUGUGUCUGCAGACGAGGACGAUGAUGAAGUGAUGAAGGCCGGUCUGAAGAGCCGUCAGGGAGACCUGCUGACUGCAGACGACGAGAGGCGUCCUCCGUCAGCAGCCAGCGUCGGUAGCGUGGUGGUGCAGGACCGUCUGAGCGAGCUCGUCAGGCUGUUUAAAGGUCGAACUGAGCGGCAAAGAGAGCGGAUGGUGGACCCGGACGAGUCGGAGGAAGAAAGUCCUUCAGCCUCCCCGAGCAAAGCUCCCCCCCCCCCUCCACCUCCACCAGAGGAGAAGAAGGACGAGGCGCCUCCAGCUGCAGAAAAAGAAGAAGAAGAAGAGGAGGAGGAGGAGGAGGAGGAGAAGAAGGAGUUUGUGCUCCCCUUUGAAAUUCUGGGACGUCCAGUGAAACUUCCCAAACUUCCCAAACUUCCCAAACUUCCCCCGAUGCCCGACUGGCUCCGGACCAUCGUGGAGUAUCGCUUCCCCUCCAGCAUCGACCCGUUCACCGAUCUCAUCUACGUCCUCUGGCUCUUCUGCGUUGUGAUGGCGUGGAACUGGAACAUGUGGUUGAUCCCCGUCCGCUGGGCGUUCCCCUACCAGACCGCCGACAACCUCCACCUGUGGCUGCUGAUGGACUACACCUGCGACUUCAUCUACAUCGCCGACAUCCUCGUCUUCCAGCCGCGGCUGCAGUUCGUCCGUGGAGGAGACAUCGUGUGUAAUAAAAAGGACAUGAGAGAAAACUACAUGACCACGGAGAGGUUCAAGAUGGACAUCAUCAGUCUGUUUCCCAUGGAGAUACUUUACCUUUUCACUGGAGUGAACUCUCUGCUGAGAUUCCCCCGCAUGCUGAAGUACAUGGUGUUCUUCGAGUUCAACGACAGAAUGGAAGCUGUGAUGAAGAAAGCGUACAUCUACAGGGUGAUACGAACCUCCACCUACCUGCUGUACUCUCUGCACAUCAACGCCUGUCUCUUCUACUGGGGCUCCGACUACGAAGGACUGGGAUCCACCAAGUGGGUCUACAAUGGAAAAGGCAACGCUUAUAUCCGCUGUUACUAUUUUGCCGUGAAGACGUUGAUCACCAUCGGAGGACUGCCGGACCCCACCACCGUCUUCGAGAUCUGCUUCCAGCUCAUCAACUACUUCGUCGGCGUCUUUGCGUUCUCCAUCAUGAUCGGUCAGAUGAGAGACGUGGUCGGAGCCGCGACGGCCGGGGAGAACUACUACCGGGCGUGCAUGGACAGCACCGUCAAAUACAUGAACUCCUACCACAUCCCCGGAGACGUCCAGAACCGCAUCAAGACCUGGUACGACUACACCUGGAAGAGCCAGGGCAUGCUGGAUGAACAGGAGCUGCUGGUGCAACUUCCCACUAAGAUGAGGAUGGACAUCGCUGUGGACGUCAACUACACCAUCGUCAGUAAAGUCGCCCUGUUUCAGGGCUGUGACAGACAAAUGGUGUUCGACAUGCUGACGAGGCUCAAAUCUGUGGUCUACCUGCCCGAAGACUUCGUCUGUAAAAAGGGGGAGAUCGGGAGGGAGAUGUACAUCAUCAAGCAGGGCGAGGUUCAGGUGGUGGGUGGCCCCGACCUGCAGACGGUGUUCGUCACCAUCAGAGCCGGCUCGGUGUUCGGAGAGAUCAGCUUGCUGGCGGGAGGCGGAGGGAACCGCCGUACGGCCAACGUAAAGGCGCACGGCUUCGCCAACCUCUUCAUCCUGGAUAAGAAGGACCUGGCAGAGAUCCUGGUGCACUACCCAGAGUCCCAGAAACUCCUCCGUAAGAAGGCCAAGACGAUGUUGACGAAGGACAAGAAGCCGGAGGAGAAGGUCAGAGGCAAAGAGGCGAUGCAGGUCAUCCCACCCAGACCGGACACCCCCAAAAUGUUCAAGGCGGCGCUGAAGGUGACGCAGGAGGAAGGAAUCCAGGGAACGUUCUCCAUCCUGAGGAAAACCUACAAAGCAUCUGACACAGCGGAGGGUGUCCCCUCCAUGGCCCCCCCUCGCUCUCCGAUGCACCGGCGCUCUCCUAUUCCUCGCGUUUUGGUUCAGGACGACCAAGACGUCGUGUCGGAGACCACCGACAGCUCAGUGAUCAUCAGGAUGACGCCGCGGCAGCAGGGGGAGGAGCUGCUCACCGUGGAGGUGGCGCCCGGGGAGGGACAGCAGAAGGAGGAGUGAGUCCACAGCACAGAUUUCCCAGAAUGCCUUUCAGCAACCAGAGAAGAGACGCGGGUUUCAGAUGGAGAGAGGACAACUAACCCCAGUGCAUUCUGGUCUCUGCUUCUU